AAUAGUUGAAAGCAAAUAUGGAUUUUAAAAUUGGCUAAUUAAAGUCGGAACACCUUGAGAACGUGAUAUGUUAAAUUUCACGUGUUUGGUAAAAGGGUGUGAAUUCGCAGUACCUAAUGAAAGCGCUUGUUGAUAUAUCAAAGUUAGAACCGUGUAAUGAGUGUUUGUAGCAGAAUUAACACCUUGGCAUGGCUUGAGCACAAUCGUCAGAUUGUCAGUAUAUAUAAAGGUGUGUUCAAAUAUAUUGCAUGUAUGUUGUGUUCACUCUUGUUAUUAAAAAUGAGGAAAGUUGCAAUUUUCGGGGACAGUCACGUCUGGCGACUAGGCGCAUUCUGCAAUGAGGACCUCAAGGUGCCUAUGGAGGUGCGUUUCUUUGGUGCGGGCGGGAUGAAAGCUUCCAAACCCAAACCAGGACCUUUGAAACAGGUGAAGAUGUACGGGGCGGACUUGGUGGUAGUGAGUUUGGGCGGCAAAGAUAUCACAACUACAUCCGUACCGAAGGACAUAGUGGCGGCCGUACUUGACAUUGCCCAGGACUUCCUUGGUUGGGGUACAGGUCUUUUGCAAGCCAGCGCGCACGAAUUAACCAGUUGCUGGGGAAGAGAGAGCUCGUUGAAGUUUUGCGGCUUCCCCACAUACGUUUUCCAGCCGAGUUCAUGCGAGACAAAGUACAUUUAAAUGAGAAGGGACUGAAAAAGUUGU